UUUUAUUACACACUCAUUCAACCCAUAUCAGUCUUCCCAGCUAUUUUUUCUUGCACUAUAUAUAUAGAACCAAAUCAACACACACAUACACUUUUAUAGUGUGUUUUCUUUUUUCAAAAUUAAAAAAAAAAAGGGAAAAAUGGGAAGGGGUAGAGUUGAGCUAAAGAGAAUAGAAAACAAAAUCAACAGGCAAGUGACAUUUUCAAAGAGAAGAAAUGGGCUGCUGAAAAAAGCUUAUGAAUUAUCAGUACUUUGUGACGCUGAGGUUGCCCUAAUCAUCUUCUCUAGCAGGGGAAAGCUUUAUGAAUUUGGUAGCACUAGCACAACUCAAACCCUUGAACGCUACCAACGUUGUUCUUUCAAUCCUUUAGACAACAAUGCUGAAAGAGAAACUCAGAGUUGGUACCAAGAGGUCUCAAAAUUGAAGGCCAAAUAUGAAUCUCUUCAAAGGACUCAAAGGCACUUGCUUGGAGAAGAUCUUGGACCAUUGAGUCUUAAAGAGUUGCAGAAUCUUGAAAAACAAUUGGAAGGAGCUCUUGUUCAAGCUAGGCAAAGGAAGACUCAAAUUAUGAUGGAACAAAUGGAAGAGCUUCGUAGAAAGGAGCGCCAACUUGGAGACAUGAACAAGCAGCUCAAGCUCAGAGUUUCACUGGAAAUGUCAACGAUUGAAACUGAAGGGCAAAGCCUGAGGUCAACACUUCCUUCCCUGUGGAAUGGAGGCAAUUUUCCAAAUCAAGUCGAAAUCGAGCCGGAACCCAUUUUGCAAAUAGGGUAUCAACAGUAUAAUAACAUUGGAGAAGGUUCAUCUGCUGCUGCAAGAAACAUGGCUGUUGACCAAAGUAAUUUCUUUCAGGGGUGGACUCUUUGACCAGCACCUCUACAAUGUUUAAUCCAAAUUUCUAUAAAUAUUUGUUCACUCUUUUGGUGAUUUAUAUGGCUGUGUUUUUUAUUUUGUCUUUUUUUUUGGGGGGGAUGAUAUUUGGAAGUCUAGCUACUUGCAAUUAAGCUUUUUUUUUUUACUCAUCUGUUAAUUUGGAGAUAAAUGACAUUUGAUGGCUUUAUGUGAUAUGGUGAUGAGAAAUAUUGAUCAGCUAAUAUGGAUUAUUGAUUAUA